CCACACCAAUAGUGACUGUUUCAACGCUUCUUUUACUUCUAAUACCUCCGUUGACAGUAUUGAUAGUAGUGACGGCACUCUUGAUAAUGAUGAUAUUGGUAGUAUUUGUGAGAACGAAUCUGAAACUAGCGAUAAGGAAGGUCAAAACGAAGAUAGAACCAAGAAAGACGUUGACCACGUUAUCGAUUAUUCUAAAGUGGCAAAUACUCAACAUAAUACCCAAACUUGGGUAAAUACGAUCAAUGAAUACUUUAAAAAUCUAAAUCUUCCUGAAAGGAUGGACAAACCAUAUGCACCUACGUCAAUUCACAAUUGUUACUGUGGAAUUGCUCGACACCUUUUGAAUAAAUCCUGUCAAGAUCCUAAGCCAAAUAUAUUCGAUAAAAAUCAAUUUCCCCGUUUAUACUCAACAAUUGAUGGAAAAAUUAAGUUAGUUCAAGACACAAGUUCGCGACGAGUUAAUAAAAGUGAUUCGCUUACAAAUAAUGAAAUAGCUCAAAUAUUGAAUCAUGAAGAGCUUUUACAAGAUACACCUACUGCUAUCACAUAUAGGGUUUACUUUUGGCUAUGUCUCUUGUGUGGAUUACGUGGUGGAGAUGCCAAACGACUUCAAUAUGAUCAUGUGAAGGAAGGUCGAGUAUGUCGAAUACCACCUGAUACACAAGAUAGAUUUACUCCAGUUCGUGAUAUUCUAUACUAUAUGCUUCGGCGUGGAAAACAUUUUACAUCAAAAGAAUUUUUCUUGAAAAUUGCUUAUAAAAAGGAAUCCUCAGAAUCAUCAUCAAAUUCGUCACGACCACCACUUGCACCUAUUUCUAAUUCAGACAAUCAAAUAGCUCGUCGAAUUCGUCCUAGAAUUUCAAAACCAAGACCUUUUAAACCAUUCGACGCAUCAAAACCAUUUGUCAGUCCACUCAAAAAAGCUUCAGCAAAAAUUAUUGAAGAAGAUACACAAGAAAUUCUUCCGGCUAUCACUUCAAAUUCUGCUCAAGAAAUGCCAUGA